CCCUAAAACCAAAACCCUCCCCAAAACCCCCGCCUCCUCCUCCGCUUCCCUCUCCUCCCCUCCCCUCGCUCCCCAAAAUUUCCCAAACUCCCCGCCGCCCAACACAAUGGCGAGCUUUACCGCCGGCGGCGGCGGCGCCAACAACAACCCCAACAAGUCCCUCGAGGUGAAUCCGGCGCCCGGGGACUCGGUUUCCAGCCUCAGCUUCAGUCCCAAGGCGAACCACCUCGUCGCCACAUCAUGGGACAACCAGGUUCGUUGCUGGGAGAUCCAGCCUGGAGGCCAAUGCCAAGCGAAGGCCUCGAUCUCGCACGAUCAGCCGGUGCUGUGCUCGGCAUGGAAGGAUGAUGGGACUACUGUUUUUUCGGGAGGUUGUGAUAAACAGAUUAAGAUGUGGCCGCUGCUCUCCGGUGGGCAGCCCAUGGUUUUAUCAGGGCAUGAAGCACCGGUCAAAGAGCUUGCCUGGAUACCACAGAUGAACCUUCUUGUUAGUGGGAGCUGGGACAAGACUCUGAGGUACUGGGAUGUUCGACAACCUCAGCCAGCACAUGUUCAGCAACUACCUGAGCGCUGUUAUGCUCUCUCACUUAGUUAUCCUCUCAUGGUGGUUGGCACUGCUGAUCGAAAUGUAAUAGUCUUCAAUAUGCAGAAUCCACAGGCUGAAUUCAAGAGGAUUGUGUCACCUUUAAAACUCCAGACAAGGUGUCUUGCUGCAUUUCCUGAUCAGCAAGGGUUUCUGGUUGGAUCGAUAGAAGGACGAGUUGGUGUUCAUCAUGUUGAUGAUGGUCAACAAGGGAAAAACUUUACAUUUAAAUGUCACCGUGAUGGCAAUGACAUAUACGCUGUUAACGCAUUGAACUUUCACCCUGUGCACCAUACUUUUGCCACUUCGGGCUCUGAUGGAGGUUUCAACUUUUGGGACAAGGACAGUAAGCAAAGGCUUAAGGCUUUCAAUAAGUGUCCGUCACCCAUCACAUGCAGUACAUUCAAUCAGGAUGGCUCAAUAUUUGCUUAUGCGGUAUGCUAUGAUUGGAGCAAGGGUGCCGAGAAGCACAAUCCUUCUACUGCAAAAACAAAUAUCUUUCUCCAUAGUGUCCAGGAAUCUGAGGUCAAAGGAAAGCCCCGUGUUAAUAAGAAGUAGACCUGACAACAAGAAGUUGAGGAUUGGUUAUCAUAAUCAUAACAUCAUCUCGCUGAUGCUAAUUUCCUGCAUGAGUAUCCUCCUUCCGAACUCUUUAUGCCAUCUCUUCGUCUAUGAGACGGUAACUUGUAAACACAUACUUUUCUGGUCGUCAUUGUUGUGAAUUGCAAUAGUGGACAAUGGUAGUUAUAUGCAAUCUUUACACCAAAUGCGUUCAGAUCAAUCCUGGUAUUGGAUCCAACUUUGUUCUCCCAGGUUCAGAUUUUCUGGGGCCUGCGAAGUACAAACCUAAUACAGUCAUUCAACAGCAUUAAACGUCA